UUUUGAUAUGAAAAAGUCUACGUACAUUAUGGAAUGAGAAACUUUUAUCUUUAGUACAAUAAUUGAAAAGUUAGGAUACGUCACUUCUGGAUGACGUUUUGAAUCGAAUUUGAAAAACAAAAAUAUAUCUGUUUAAAAUUAAAAAAAAAAAAAUUACUCCUCCUUUGAAGUCGAUAGUCAACCACAGUCAAUUUGCCAAAACGCUAUAAACAAAACCAGCGGUGCAAGUACUACAAUACAAAGUUACAAACAAAAAAUGGCCUGCGUGAGCGGAGCCAAGUAGUUGGUCCAUCGAUUCCAUCGAUGCAGACCCGCAGACUGCAGUGAAUAAAAACAAGCAUUUCCUUUGAAAAUUCAACAUCCUGCUCCCCUUUAUGUCAAAGCGAUUACAAGCUAGAAGAAAACUUGGUUGCCUUAUUCACAGUAACACGUAGUCAUGAGCUAAUUUUUCCUCUAAGUGAACAAUUUAAUUUUCAGUGGACUGUUGGAGGCAAUUACUAGCAAGCGAUGGCUAAAGAGCAAUUGGGAGUGCUUAAUGCACUCGAUGUGGCCAAGACUCAGUUGUACCAUUUCACUGCAAUUGUGAUUGCAGGAAUGGGGUUUUUUACCGAUGCUUAUGACCUGUUCUGCAUUUCCUUGGUCACGAAGUUACUCGGCCGCAUAUACUACACGGACCUAAACCAGCCAAAGCCGGGCACAUUGCCUCCCAAUGUGGCUGCUGCUGUUAAUGGUGUGGCUCUAUGUGGCACCUUAGCAGGCCAGCUCUUUUUUGGUUGGCUUGGUGACAAAUUGGGUCGUAAAAAGGUCUAUGGGAUCACCCUUGUUCUCAUGGUCCUAUGCUCCGUUGCAUCAGGACUUUCAUUUUCUGAUCACCCAAAGGGUGUGAUCACCACUCUUUGCUUCUUCCGGUUUUGGCUUGGAUUUGGCAUUGGUGGUGAUUAUCCCCUUUCAGCUACAAUCAUGUCUGAGUAUGCCAACAAAAAGACUCGCGGGGCGUUUAUAGCCGCGGUGUUUGCGAUGCAAGGAUUCGGGAUUUUGGGUGGUGGGAUUGUGGCUUUGAUUGUGUCAGCCGCGUUCGAUCACAGUUUCAAGGCUCCUGCAUACUCUGUGGACAGAGCUGCUUCUCUUGCGCCUCAAGCUGACUUUGUUUGGCGUAUCAUUUUGAUGGUUGGAGCUCUCCCUGCUGCUCUAACUUACUACUGGCGUAUGAAAAUGCCCGAGACAGCUCGGUACACAGCCCUUGUGGCCAAAAACGCCAAGCAAGCUGCAUCAGACAUGUCUAAGGUGUUGCAAGUUGACCUUGAAGCUGAAGAGGAAAAACUAGAGAAAAUGACUCGAGAGAAAUCCAAUACCUUUGGUUUGUUCACCAAGCAAUUUGCUCGUCGCCAUGGUCUUCACUUGCUUGGCACCACUUCCACUUGGUUCUUGCUAGACAUUGCCUUCUACAGCCAAAACCUUUUCCAAAAGGACAUCUUCAGCGCCAUUGGGUGGAUCCCGAAAGCAGAGAGCAUGAAUGCAAUUCAUGAGGUUUAUAGAAUUGCAAGAGCACAAACACUCAUAGCAAUGUGCAGCACUGUCCCUGGAUACUGGUUCACUGUCUUCUUCAUUGAUUACUUGGGCAGGUUUGCAAUCCAGUUGAUGGGUUUCUUCUUCAUGACAGUGUUCAUGUUUGCAUUAGCAAUUCCUUACCACCACUGGACCUUGAGGCCCAACAGAAUUGCAUUUGUUGUCAUCUACUCAUUCACCUUCUUUUUCGCUAAUUUUGGACCCAAUGCCACCACAUUUGUUGUGCCAGCUGAGAUUUUCCCAGCAAGGUUGCGGUCUACGUGUCACGGUAUAUCAGCUGCAGCUGGGAAGGCUGGGGCUAUUGUUGGAGCAUUUGGGUUUUUGUAUGCAGCACAGAGCAAGGACCCUACAAAGACUGAUGCAGGGUACCCACCUGGUAUUGGUGUGAAGAAUUCUCUAAUUAUGCUUGGUGUGAUCAACUUUUUCGGCAUGGUGUUUACUCUGUUGGUGCCAGAAUCCAAGGGAAAAUCACUUGAAGAGCUGACUGGUGAGAAUGAAGACGAAGAGGGGGCAGAGCAGCAGGCCAAUUCUACUAGAACUGUUCCAGUUUGAUGGGGUCGUUUAAUCAAAGCUUUGUGAAUUUACAAUGGUUUUUAUUUACUUUAUUUGUAAUGCAAUAAAAAUAAUUUUUAGAUAUAUAUAUAUAUAUAUAUAUGCUUGUGGAA